AUGGCUGAUUCUAAUAGAGGAUAUACAAAACUUUUAAAUUUAACAGAUGAAGAGUUAAUGGGAACGUUAUGUUUAGAACCAAGAUUCAAGGAUGGUGAUUCACAACAUACUGCAAUCUUGAAUUGUCAAUCUGAUCGGUUCCUUGGUGCUCUAUUUGAUUCAAGAACUUCUUUUGAAUUCAAAUCAAAAGAAAUAUUCCAUAUUGUUGAACCCCAAUACGUUGAAUAUAAACAAUUUGCUGUUAAAUUGAAAUUGAGAAAUCAUCCUACAAAUACAUUGUGUGAGAAAGAUAUCAAAGACAUUAGAGUGUAUCUUGAUGGAUGUAUUUUUGAGCAUUGUUUCACAGUAUUAAUGAAACCAGACUUAAAUAUUUCACAAGUUCUAACUUAUUUAAAUAAAUUUGAUACAGCUUUAAAAUCUGAUAGAGAGAUUGAUGAUUAUACUUCCAAGAUUAACAGUGAAAGGUUACCAAGGUUUUUAAUUGCAGUUGAAACUCCUGAAUUUUUCAGAAUCUUCUGUAAAUUAUUGAAUUUUUAUUCAAAUACAAUAGAAGCAAGGGCAAAUUAUACCGCACGGCCACAGGAACUAAUUGGCAAAGUUAUCCAGAAACAGAAUUCAAAACAUAUAGACAUUAAAGGAACAAUACCACAUCGGAACUGUGUUUAUUUUUUUCAGAAAAAGAACGAAUACAAAGGUUUUUUUGAAAGCUGUUUUGAUUUCGAACGUGCUAUCAAUAAAGAUUGUUUCAAACGUCUCUCAAAUGCCUAUGGGAAGAUCGACUUUGAUAAUCCAGAUGCUUGUGACGAUAUGUAUUUCACAGUAUAUGAUAUGAAAACUGGAAAUGAUGAGAUUAAAGUUAGCAGUAAUGAAAAUACAUUGGAAGAGGAUCCAGAGUUACCAAAAUAUUCAAGAUAUUGA